AUGUUUGGGUCAUUAACUCAUGAAGUUCUUGCACGAACUGAAGGAACAACAAUAUGUCAUCCAAUACCUGUUAAUGGAUGUCAAUCAAUAGAUGAUUAUAUUUUACAUAUUUUAACUGGUUUUGCUAACCAAUCAAAAUCAUUAGUUAUUCAUUUGUCAUCAUUUUUUCAUUCGUUUAUUCUUGUCAAUUGUGGACAAUGUAUUGCGAACACUUCCUCGAUUGAUUUUUCUUUUGCUUCAUAUUCUAAAUAA